CCACUUAUUUCUAUAUUUCCUUUGUGAACAAAUGGUGUCUGUUGAAGAUUCCAGUUCAAGCAUUGCUCGAAACUGUUGCAACCCAGUUUCGGCUUCGGUCACCACACUCGAUCGACACACCACUGACCGUUCCAUGCGGACGAUACGCUCCAAUUUCUACCAAAAUGACAACAGUGGAUGCUGCUUGACUGAAAGGUACGGGUUUGUCCCCGAAAACCUCGCCGAAUCCGUAGUCGACCUGCGCCUCGGCCAACUGGCUUCCAAAACCAACUCCAAAUCUGUUAAGUCCGACUCAGAAAACGAGGGCUUUUUGGACAUUUCUCAAGCUUUCAGCGAUUUCUCCUCUUGCAGCAGCGAUAUCUCCGGCGAGUUGCAGCGGCUGGCCACCCUGCCUUCACCCGGAACCACCUUGGGGAAUGAAAGUACCAAUGGAGCUGAGUGUGAGCCGGAGCCGGAGCCGUGCCAUGGAUUUCUGCUGAGAGAGAAUUUCUCGACGGAAAUUAUCGAGAGUAUUUCACCAGAAGAUCUUCAACCGACAAUCAAGAUCUGCGUCGAUGGCCUCCAGUCACCGUCCAUUGCUGUGAAGCGAUCAGCUGCGGCGAAGCUCAGACUGCUAGCCAAGAAUCGCGUGGAUAACCGUGAGUUAAUCGGAGAAUCCGGAGCGAUUCCUGCUCUAGUCCCGCUCCUUCGGAACAGCGAUCCUUGGACUCAAGAGCACGCGGUGACUGCAUUACUAAAUUUGUCGCUUUUCGAAGCUAACAAAGCCCGAAUUAUAAACGCCGGAGCUAUAAAAUCGUUAGUGUAUGUUCUCAAGACAGGAACCGAAACCUCCAAGCAAAACGCGGCGUGCGCACUUAUGAGCAUAGCUUUGAUCGACGAAAACAAGACUUCAAUCGGAGCAUGCGGGGCGAUACCACCUCUAGUAUCCCUUCUUAUCAACGGAUCCAACAGAGGCAAGAAAGAUGCACUAACAACCCUCUAUAAGCUGUGUUCGGCAAGGCAGAACAAAGAAAGGGCAGUUAGUGCAGGUGCAGUCAGGCCUUUGGUGGGAAUGGUAGCAGAGCAAGGGACCGGAAUGGAGGAGAAGGCGAUGGUUGUUCUUAGUAGCUUGGCAGGAAUUGAGGAAGGCAGGGAAGCUAUUGUUGAAGAUGGUGGGAUUGCGGCACUUGUGGAGGCAAUUGAGGAUGGUUCUACCAAAGGGAAGGAGUUCGCGGUGCUGACACUGUUGCAGUUGUGUUCUGACAGCAUUAGGAAUCGGGGGUUGCUUGUUAGGGAAGGUGGGAUCCCUCCUCUUGUGGCUCUUUCUCAGACCGGGAGCUCAAAGGCUAAGCAUAAGGCUGAAACUCUUCUUCGGUAUCUGAGAGGAUCCAGACAAGAGCCUUUGUGCUCCAGUCCUUAGAGAAGAGAAGUUUAAUUAGUAAUAACUAUACCAAGGUUAUUUAUUUAUUUACUGUAUAGGAAGUGUAUGAAUGGUUUGUACAGUGUGGUACUGAUUGAGUUGUACAAGUACAAAAGACAAAUUGUGGGAGGUUAGUUUGCAAGGGACUGACAUUGAGUUGUAUGAUUUUUACUAGAUUUUGUUUUUUUUGGGGAGGGGGGUUCCCCUCUUAUUAUUGACGUGUUCUCAGGAUUGUCUUGUGGAUUUAGGGCUGAUAAGAUUUGGAUUAUUUUCCUAUGUUUUGUCUAAGUAACCGAAAUUCCGUUGCAUAGAUUGAUUGUAUGAUUUCUGCGUAGUGAAUAUGGAGAUUAGGUUAAUUUGAUGUGAUCUGCAACUGUACGCUUUUGUA